GCAGAAGGCUCAGCCCGAGAGCGGCCGACCCUGGAAGGCGGGCUUGGACCGACGGGAGGGAAAGAGUUGCCGGCACGACCUUCCGCGCACCACCUUAUCUCUGGAAAUUUCUCCCGUUGCCGAGAUGCUAAGUAUUUUGCGCGCAGUUAACAAUGUUCGCUCAUUAUUCCGUUUGGGUAGAAGGCAGGGAGUCGAGGCUGAGAGGAUGCGGCAUUGUUACAGCAAGGAAGAGCACGGAGAACUUCACAGUCCCAACUACCGCCUGUACCUGAAGAACUCUGAUGGUAAAUACAUUUCACCUUUUCAUGAUAUUGCACUAUAUGAUGUGUUUAACAAGGCUCUCUUUAAUAUGGUUGUGGAAGUACCACGUUGGACAAAUGCCAAAAUGGAGAUCGCUACAAAAUUGCCUCUGAACCCAAUCAAACAGGAUAUUAAAAAAGGAAAAGUACGUUAUGUAGCCAAUAUCUUUCCUCACAAGGGCUAUAUCUGGAACUAUGGAGCAUUACCACAGACUUGGGAAGAUCCCUGUCAUAAAGAUCCCAGUACAAAUUUUUGUGGAGAUAAUGAUCCACUUGAUGUCUGUGACAUUGGGUCAAAGGUAUGUUCUUGUGGUGAUGUUAUUCAGGUAAAAGUGCUGGGAGCUUUAGCUCUUAUUGAUGAAGGAGAAAUGGACUGGAAAAUCAUUGCUAUCAACAAGGAGGACCCAGAUGCACAGAUGAUUAAUGAUAUCGAUGAUGUCAGGAGAUACAAGCCUGGCUACUUGGAGGCCACAGUUAAUUGGUUUAAAUUGUACAAGGUUCCUCAUGGAAAACCAGAAAACCAGUUGGGUUUCAAUGGAGAAUUCAAAGACCGGGAUUUUGCACUUAGAGUCAUUGAGUCUACACAUCAAUCUUGGUGCUCCAUAAUCUACAAGAAGACAGAUGGAAGUGAUAUUAUAUGCAAAAACGUGUCAAUCAGUGACAGUCCCUUUUAUUGUAGUCACGCAGAAGCAGAAUCUCUUGUGCAUUCAGCACCGAAAUAUGUUAAACCAAGCCCCAUCCCAGAUGAAGUGGACAACUGGCACUUCCUCAAGUAAACAUUGACCAUAUUAUCAUAUGAAAGAACAUAAACUGUUUCUCUUUUGCAAAAAAUUUGAAAUAUUUGGAAGCAGAAAUUCCUGAAAUUAAUCAACAAUGAAGAUAAUAGACAUAAUUGGCCUUGACAGUCAGCCAUGAUUUUGUAUUUGAUCAACAAAUCUUGCUCAUGUCAACUGCAAAGAAAUGUAUUGACCAUUGUAUUUGUCAAAAAUGGAUUUAUCUUUUUAAGCUUUCCAGUGUGAUAAUUAUUUUUGUUAUUGGUAUGCAAUGUAUUGUUACAUUUUGCAAAUAAAAAAAUGAACCCUGA